AUGGCCAACAAGCUGCCAGUUUGGUCAGGGACAGCCAAGUCAGCAUUCAAUUUGAACAAAUACCUGAGAAACAUCCAUUUUCAAACAAAAUCUGGUGAGGAAUUUUACUUUGUGGAUGGAACCCCCGCAGGGCAAUAUGAUAUUAUAAACUGGGUCAUUGCUCCCAACAGUUCUGUUAUCAAUACUCAGGUUGGCAGCUUUCACUAUUCUGCACCAAAGGGGCAACAAUUUGUUAUCAACAAAAAUGAGAUCAUGUGGAAUCCAACAUUUAACCAGACUCCACGGUCAGUGUGCAGCGAGAGUUGUCCCCCCGGGUACAGGAAAGCUGCUCGGAAGUCAGAGCCCAUUUGUUGCUAUGACUGUGUUGCCUGCUCAGAAGGGGAGAUAUCCAAUAGCACUGAUAUGGAAAACUGUAUUACGUGCGCUGAAGAUCAGUGGUCUAAUGAAAACAGAACUAUGUGCAUCUCCAAAACCAUAGAUUUCCUUUCUUAUGAGGAUGCUCUGGGCAUAGCCCUGUCAGUCACUGCUAUUUUUCUUUCCAUUGUCCCACUGGGGGUUUUGGGAAUUUUCCUGAAACACAGUGAGACAGCCAUAGUGAAAGCCAAUAACAGGGAGCUAAGCUAUAUUUUGCUUCUUUCUCUGUCAAUGUGCUCGCUGUGCUCCUUGUUAUUCAUUGGACGCCCUGUGGCCCUAUCCUGCUUCUUCCGACAAGCAGCCUUCGGAAUCAUUUUUACAGUCGCCGUAUCAUCAAUUCUGUCGAAAACCAUUACGGUUGUUAUUGCAUUCAAUGCUACCAAACCUGGGAGCCAAGCAAGAAAAUGGGUAGGAUCCCGAGUAUCCACAUAUCUAGUAAGCCUGGGUGCAUUUGGAGAAGCAGUGAUUUGCCUUGUAUGGUUUCUCUGCUCACCGCCAUUUCCAGACUUUGAUACAAGUGAGAAUUCCGCAAAGAUGACACUAAAGUGUAACGAGGGGUCAGAAAUUGCUUUCUACUGUGUAACGGGAUAUGUGGGACUUUUGGCUGCUUUAAGCUUUGUUGUGGCAUUUCUAGCAAGGAAUUUGCCAGACAAUUUCAAUGAAGCAACAUAUAUAACUUUCAGUAUGUUGGUUUUUUUCAGUGUCUGGGUUUCUUUUAUUCCAGCAUAUCUGAGCACCAAAGGGAAAUACAUGGUGGCUGUUGAAAUAUUUGCCAUCCUGGCCUCUACCGCUGGGCUUGUAAGUUGCAUUUUUGCCCCUAAAUGCUACAUUAUAGUGAUCAGGCCAGAGCUAAAUACCAAAGAACACCUGAUUGGUAAAAAGGUUAACCGAUAUAUUGUAGAACCAGCCUGAACUAGAUUUAUAGGCUCACAACUUGUU